AUGACUGAUACCUCUUCAGUCUCAUCCACGUCAUCUCACAAACCAUCUGUCGAAUCAGAUGACAAGAAACUAUUGAGAGCGCUAAUCGAAAAGAAGAAUAAGAAAAAGAACCAGAAAAAGAAGAAGGCGUUCUCGAAUGCAGAAGAACAAGCGAUUGAUUUGAUUGUUCAGAAGACAUUCGAUUCUGUAAUUGGGAAAGAUCAAUAUUCACCAUUGAAAACUACCGAAUGGAUGAGUAAAAUUAUUCAAAAAAUUUCAAAAGCUCUCGUGAAACGAGAAGAAACUCGGAAAUUCGUUGUCCAGUGUACAAUUUGUUCAAAAACUGAAGAGCUAUCCAUUUGUUCUGCCAAUAUGUGCUCAUGGGAUACGUCGAAAGAUGUCGCUGUCUAUUCAGAAUGGAUUUCCAAAACUGUCUUCGGCGCUGUUCAAGUCUUCUUCAUCACGCAUCGAUUCUCAAAGAGAAAUUAG